AUGACGCUUGGUAAUAGACGUCAUGGGCGGAACAAUGAAGGCAGCUCUAAUAUGAAUAUGAAUGACAACGAUUUAGACGAUGUUUCUCACUAUGAAAUGAAGGAAAUACAGCCAAAGGAAAAAGAAAAUGCCUCUAUAGAACGAGAAAAUGAGGUCGAGUAUUUCGAGAACACAAUGGAAAAGACCAUGGAAAAUAUGGAAUACAAGGGUGAUCACCAAAGAUCCUAUUUUCACAGAUUUAUAGACUCCUUCAGAAGGGCUGAAGGCUCGCAUCCAAAUUCUCCUGAUUCAACCAACUUGAAUGGGAGUACACCCAUAUCCACGAAAGAUUCCAGUUCUCGAUUGGACAAUGAACUAAAUCCAAAGAGUUCGUAUAUUACCGUGGACGGCAUUAAACAAUCUUCUCAAGAGCAAGAACCAAAACAAGAAAACUUGAAAAAAAGUAUAAAACCGCGUCAUACUGUCAUGAUGUCCUUGGGGACAGGUAUUGGUACGGGUUUGCUGGUUGGUAAUUCGAAAGUUUUGAACAACGCGGGUCCAGGUGGUUUAAUCAUCGGAUAUGCCAUCAUGGGCAGUUGUGUUUAUUGCAUUAUCCAAGCGUGUGGCGAAUUGGCCGUCAUUUACAGUGAUUUGAUCGGUGGUUUCAAUACGUAUCCUUCGUUUUUGGUCGAUCCUGCAGUGGGAUUCUCUGUUGCUUGGCUUUUCUGUUUACAAUGGCUAUGUGUCUGUCCCCUAGAGCUGGUCACGGCAUCUAUGACUAUCAAGUAUUGGACGGUGAAAGUCAAUGCGGACGUCUUUGUUAUUAUCUUCUAUGUACUGAUCCUUGUUAUCAAUAUUUUCGGUGCCAAAGGUUAUGCAGAGGCGGAUUUCUUUUUCAAUUGUUGUAAAAUUUUGAUGAUAACUGGGUUCUUCAUCCUUGCUAUUAUCAUUGAUUGUGGUGGUGCUGGUACCGAUGGUUACAUAGGUAGUAGAUACUGGCGUGAUCCCGGUGCCUUCCGCGGUGAUACUUCUAUCCAAAGGUUCAAGGGUGUUGUUGCCACAUUUGUCACGGCUGCAUUUGCCUUUGGUAUGAGUGAACAACUGGCUAUGACAGCUAGUGAACAAUCCAACCCAAGAAAGGCUAUUCCGUCGGCGGCUAAAAAAAUGAUCUACAGAAUUUUGUUUGUGUUUUUAGCAUCGUUAGCAUUGGUUGGAUUCCUUGUGCCUUAUACUUCAGAUCAGUUGUUAGGGGCGGCAGGCUCAGCCACUAAAGCAUCACCAUAUGUCAUUGCUGUUUCUUCUCACGGUGUCCGUGUAGUUCCUCAUUUUAUAAAUGCUGUUAUCUUAUUAUCGGUUCUUUCCGUUGCUAACAGCGCCUUCUACACGAGUUCCCGUAUCCUUAUGUCGUUAGCUAAACAGGGCAAUGCUCCUAAAUGUUUCGAUUACAUUGACAGGGAAGGUAGACCAGCCGUUGCUAUGAUUGUUAGUGCAGUAUUUGGUGUCAUCGCAUUCUGUGCUUCUUCCAAGAAGGAAGAGGAUGUUUUCACCUGGUUGCUAGCAAUUUCCGGUUUGUCUCAAUUAUUCACCUGGAUUACCAUUUGUUUGUCCCAUAUUAGAUUUAGGAAAGGCAUGAAAGUGCAAGGAAGAUCUCUUGGAGAGGUUGGCUAUAAAUCACAAGUCGGCGUUUGGGGAUCUGCUUACGCUGUGGUCUUGAUGGUUUUAGCUCUGAUUGGCCAGUUUUGGGUCGCCAUUUCCCCAAUCGGUGGGGAUAAGAAAUUGAGCGCUCAAUCAUUUUUCGAGAAUUAUUUGGCAAUGCCGAUUUUGAUUGCUUUGUAUAUUUUCUACAAAGUUUGGAAAAGAGAUUGGAGUUUGUUCAUUCCCGCAGAUAAAAUAGAUUUAGUUUCACACAGAAACAUUUUUGAUGAAGAACUAUUAAAACAGGAAGAUGAAGAAUAUAAGGAUAGAUUAAGAAACGGGCCAUUCUGGAAAAGAGUUCUUGAUUUUUGGUGUUAA